AUGUCAUCCGUCGACUCAACACCCGAGAAGAUCCCCGAUGAUUCCUCCAAACUGAAAACCUUCCUGGGCAUCCUCCGCAAGUUCGUGGGUGUGACAGACAUCGCCUCGGUGCGCUUCUCGCUGCCAGCGCAGCUGCUCGAGCCCCGGCCGAAUCUAGAAUAUUGGCACUACCUCGACCGGCCCGAGACCUUUGCGAGCAUUGGCAAGUCUGAUGAUGAGCUAGGUCGGAUGCUGGAGGUGUUGCGGUUCUGGUUUACCAAGGACCUGAAAUACAUCAAGGGCAAACCGUGCAAGCCAUACAACUCGACUCUCGGUGAAUUUUUCCGGUGCAGCUGGGACGUGUCCGAUGCGGUCCCCGAAGAAGUGAACUUGCCUGGUGUGAGCUCAGGUAGCAGCGGUACUUCUACCAUUGAUGAUGGCACCGGCGAAAAGGUCAAGGUCUCCUAUUUGACCGAGCAGACCUCGCACCACCCACCUGUCUCGGCAUUCUACAUUGACUGUGCCGAACGGGGAGUCACCGCGCGGGGAUUCGACCAAAUCAGCGCCAAGUUCACCGGCACCAGCAUUCGGGUAUCUCCUGGUCAGCACAACCUGGGCAUUUUCGUCACACUCGAAAAGAGAGACAACGAGGAGUACCAGUUAACCCAUCCGUCUGCACAUCUGGGAGGCCUUCUGCGAGGCGCCCUGUCGAUUACCGUCGCCGACAGUUGCUAUGUCAAGUGCCCGAAGACGAAGGUCAAGGCUAUUCUGCAGUACCUGGAGGACGGGUGGCUUGGACGGUCUCAGUAUAGGUUGCAGGGGGUGAUCUUCCGCUAUGAUCCGGACAAUGAUACCAUCACAAAUAUUAAAGACGUGCCAGAGGGUGAUGUGCUGGCCCGGAUCACUGGCUCUUGGCAUGGCAAGAUCUAUUUCACCCCUACAGGGGCCAAGGAGCCUUGCUUGCUGAUCGAUAUCACCCCUCUCUGCCCCACGACGAAGACUCUCCCUCCGGACGAAAAGCAACUGUCUAAUGAAUCGCUUAAAUUCUGGUCGGAAGUCACCUCCGCCAUUGUGGACAAGCGGUUCACCCAGGCCACCAAGCUGAAACAGGAAAUCGAGGAACGGCAGCGACAGCGGGCCGCAGAGCGCAAGGAGAAAGACGAGGAGUGGAUGCCGCGCUUUUUCACUGGUGCAGUCACGCCGCUGGGCAAACCGGAACUGACCAAGGAAGGACAGAAAGUCCUAGAAGGCAUCCGGUCCGGCGAUUUCACCCUGGAGGAGAGCGACGUGCAGGGUGCAUAA